AUGACGCCGCCCUACCAGUGUUCCUCACUAGUUUUGUCUGGUAAACAUAUGAAGACAUGUCAGAGGGACCGCAGCGAGCGGGGCGGUGGAAAGGUGGUGUCUGGUGGUCCAGACAGCAGACGGCACCUGGAUUUUGGCUUGGGUGAGGGAGGCUGGCCAGGAAGAGGAUGGUGGCAGGACACAGGUGGAAAAUUGGAGGCACACACCCCAAACUGGUGGUGGCUGGUGGGACACUUAGGUGCCAAUGGGGCCAGGCAGGCGGUAACACCUGGAGAAGACAUGGCAGAAGCUGUGCCAGAUGUGACAAUGCAAGCAAAACGCUCCAGGAGGCCAUUAGGUUAUCACCAGGGGCAGCAACAGCUGAGGGAGGAAGGAGGGCUGGCCACAGCAAUGGACUUCUGGCACAAGCAUUGUUUAGAAAGUGCAACUGGGCCGCCAAAAGUGAGAGACUGGUUGCAGCUUGGCCUUGCAGCAAAACUUUUGAGAUCAAAAGCGAAGAUGUGCAGUGAAGUCAAUGAGGCUGUACAAGAUGGCUGUAAUGAAAGGCUUCUGAGGGUGGUGACUAGGUCACAGCACAACCAGGUAGGGCCUGACCAAAGUCAGAAGGCCAUACAUCAUCAACCUCAACCUCAACCUCAACAACAACCUCAACAACAACCUCAACAACAACCUCAACAACAACCUCAACCUCAACAACAACCUCAACCUCAACCUCAACAACAACCUCAACAACAACCUCAACAACAACCUCAACAACAACCUCAACAACAACCUCAACAACAACCUCAACAACAACCUCAACAACAACCUCAACAACAACCUCAACAACAACCUCAACAACAACCUCAACAACAACCUCAACAACAACCUCAACAACAACCUCAACAACAACCUCAACAACAACCUCAACAACAACCUCAACAACAACCUCAACAACAACCUCAACAACAACCUCAACAACAACCUCAACAACAACCUCAACAACAACCUCAACAACAACCUCAACAACAACCUCAACAACAACCUCAACAACAACCUCAACAACAACCUCAACAACAACCUCAACAACAACCUCAACAACAACCUCAACAACAACCUCAACAACAACCUCAACAACAACCUCAACAACAACCUCAACAACAACCUCAACAACAACCUCAACAACAACCUCAACAACAACCUCAACAACAACCUCAACAACAACCUCAACAACAACCUCAACAACAACCUCAACAACAACCUCAACAACAACCUCAACAACAACCUCAACAACAACCUCAACAACAACCUCAACAACAACCUCAACAACAACCUCAACAACAACCUCAACAACAACCUCAACAACAACCUCAACAACAACCUCAACAACAACCUCAACAACAACCUCAACAACAACCUCAACAACAACCUCAACAACAACCUCAACAACAACCUCAACAACAACCUCAACAACAACCUCAACAACAACCUCAACAACAACCUCAACAACAACCUCAACAACAACCUCAACAACAACCUCAACAACAACCUCAACAACAACCUCAACAACAACCUCAACAACAACCUCAACAACAACCUCAACACACAUUUGCCGCGCUGUUACUCGGUGGCGCCAGGAAACAGGAGCCAGGGGCCAGCCGACAAUACCUGCGGCCAGCUCUCCGUAGGCGGCCGCUGCUGCCCGGGACUCCUGACGUGACGCGACCGGCAGCUGCGGCUCUCGCAGUGGGCAGCCCGCCGCACUGCUCGCCGUCGGCGCCCGUCGUCACCGCAGCCCGCUGCACUCCGCGCCGCGGCCGACAGGGAAGAGAACGGCCUGGCGCUCCGCCAACGAAACUCGCCACACGGCACGCAGGAAUACAUUCACUACCACGAAGAAAAGACCUCUCGGGACCAAACUACAGUCUCAGAACUACUGUUUAA